UGCCGAUGUAUUGAAUUCAACCGAGCUCUGCACAAACCCAGUAUAGUGUCUGGUAAUCGUAGGCUUGUGCCAAUGGCGACGUCUGUGGCAGCAGAGAAAGCGGACAAAUCCGCCGAAAAUCAGGGGAAACCUGGCGUUGAAGCGAUUGUUCCAUCUCCAAAUGAACAGAAGCCAUCAGCGAAGAAGACAGAACUUGCAAUUUUGAACUUUGUGAUAAAAUAUCUGAAGUUAGUCGGAGGUGCUUUGCUGAUCUGGUUUAUGGGGUGGUUUGGAUUGAGUUACGUCUGGAUCAUCUGCGGCUUUUUCGUGUAUGUUUUAUGGCGUAUGAAUCAGGACGAACGAAAGACUAGGAGACAGGCGUUCAGGGAAGCUGUAGAACGCGAGCAAGAAGUAGUUGAGGCGCGAAUGGAAGAUCUGCCAUCUUGGGUUUUCUUUCCUGAUGUGGAAAGAGCAGAAUGGCUCAACAAGAUGCUGGUUCAACUGUGGCCGUAUAUCAAUGACAUGGUGGUAAAGAUUCUAAAGGAACAAGUGGAACCAGAAAUUCAGAAGAAUGUGCCUGGAUUUUUGAGCUCCAUUUAUUUCAAAGAAAUCUCUCUUGGUGAAGUGCCUCCCCGUAUUGGUGGAAUCAAGACAUACACUAAUAAUGUGGACCGUAAUGAGAUAAUCAUGGAUAUUGAUCUAAUUUAUGCUGGGGAUUCAGACUUUGAGUUAUCUGUCAAGGGUGUCAGUGUUGGCAUUGAAGAUCUCCAGCUUCGUGGAAGUCUGCGUGUGAUUCUGCGCCCUCUCAUCCCAGCUGCUCCUCUUGUGGGUGGGGUGUCAGUCUUCUUUCUUAACAGACCUGACAUCGACUUUGACUUAACAAACAUGGCAAAUAUUCUUGAUAUUCCUGGUCUGAGUGACAUUAUCCGUGGGGUAAUAGAUGAUGUUGUGGCAGGAUUUGUGGUUCUUCCAAACAGGAUCACAGUACCUUUGACUGAUGUUGAUCCUUAUGAACUGAAAUACCCCAUGCCUGAUGGUCUUCUUCGCAUUGAAGUCCUGGAAGCUAAAGACUUGAUCAAGAAAGACAUUGGUAUCAUAUCUAAGGGUUCUUCAGAUCCAUAUGUUAUUCUCAGAGUGGGAGCCAAGACAUUCCGCACAAAGACAAAGGACAGCACAGUGAAUCCAAUAUGGAAUGAAGUGUUUGAGGCCUUUGUGGACAACUCACAUGGUCAGAAAAUAAAGAUUGGUGUCUUUGACGAGGACAAAGCAUCUGAUGAUGAAUCUCUUGGAACUGUUGAGGCUGAUAUCGGUACCAUUGUCCAACAAGGCAAUGUUGAUUUGUGGCUUCCAUUAGAGAAUGUGAAGAGUGGCCAGAUCAACUUGCGAUGCACAUGGUUCACACUGACUGCCAAACCAGAUGAUCUUUCACCACCUGACCAAGCCAUUAUUGGUGAGGAGAUGUUAGCAACAGCAGCUCUUUUUGUUAAACUGGACUCAGCCAAGAAUCUUCCAGUGACAAAUGCUGCCCGUGGUACCACAAGUGCAUUCUGCAAACUUACUGUUGGAAAUGUCACUUUCCAGAGCAAGACCAUUCAAGACUCCAUCAGUCCAGUGUGGGAAGAACCAUUCCGCUUCAUGAUCCAUGAUCCUAACUAUCAGGAAUUGGAUAUUGAGAUUUUUGACAGCAGCAAGGAGAAAAGCAUUGGCAAACUGGAGUUCCCCUUGGCUCAGCUUCUGAAGAAUGAGAACAUGACAUUUGAACAACCUUUCCCCUUGAAGGAUUCAGGCCACAACAGUACUUUGACUUGCAGGUUUACACUGAAGGUAAACAUAUUCAAACUGUGGUCCCAGAGAGAUGAUCAUCAGUAUGUCUUUUCACCCAUCAUUGCCAAAUUUGGUGCUUUGUCAAGAUUUCAGUUUCUGUGA